AUGACCACCGCUUCCGCUAGUAUCCCGCUUCCGAAAGAACCAUCUGAUGGCCGCCUGCUCCCUUAUGCUUGUGCUGCCCCUACAUUCCCGAGCAUCAGCUCUGGCUGGUCGUCGUCGAAGAUCACGACCGAGAACCAAAGGUUCGACAGCAGCGGCGGUGGGUCCAGACCUCAGCCGCCACCGCAUCGGUCACAGGCCUCCCGCUCGAACUGCUCCACGUCGGCGUCCUCCGCCAUCCAUGGUGGGCCCGGGGGCGAGGCCUACAAGACAGCAGAUGAAGCUGCAUCCGCAGCGGCAUCGGAAGUAGAAGCAUGGCCCAUCGAGCAGCACAACAAAAGCCCCACUCCGGUACACGCCACCACUGCCGCAAAGGGGGCGCUGUCCACCAACGAGAUGGCCCGCCAACCCGUCUACGAGACGACGUUAGGCCCACGUGUCAAGCAGCGAGAACCUGACCAGGGCCCGGACCGACCGGCCCAGAGUCCCGCAAUCACCCUCCCCGGGCCGCAGCAGCAGCCGCGCGCAGGUCCAUUCCACCCGGUGCCGCCAUCGCCCUCGCCCCCGGGAGUGUCAGCCACGCCAGGCCACAAGGGAGGCACCACAAGACAGCCCCCACCGCAGGACACCCGCCGCCUGAAUCCACCAACGCACCAGGGGAGCAGCCACAGCACCCCGGUAUCCUCCAGCACCCGGCAGCUACCAGUCCCAACACCCCAUGGCUCCAGCAGCAGUGGCGGUGGCAAUCCCUCAACCCCGACUCCCGCCAGCAGAGAUCACGAUCCGGUGUUCAGGCAAGCGUCAGCGGCCAUUGACCAGAGCCGUCCACCACCCACCUCCAGGAACGCCCCCACCGCACCCGCCGGGGCCGUCGCCGUCAAGCGCAGCAUCCACGCAGGCGUCAAGGCGCUCUUCCCAGGGUCAGCGCGGCUACCAAGGCACAGCGGCCACCGAAACGGAGCACCCUUCAAGGGAAUCUCCCCAACGCCGCCCGAAACCGACAACGCUCAGCGGCAGGACAAUCGGCGGCAAGACCCGCGACCAGAGCGCAAGAGUCAAUGCCAACCACCCGAGGAACUGGUUGCGCGCUGGAUGGUCUUGACGACGACUACUUCCGACGACGACUAUACAAUGAUUUUCGAGCAUCAGCGCGCAUUCACAACCGCCUGA